CUAGAAUCAAUGCCAAGGAUGGAAAGACUUCAGUUGUGCUCUCUUUUCUUCAUUCUGUUACUAUUGGCUUUGGUGAGCCUUGACUUGACCAGCUGGGCAUGGACUGCCCCUAAUUGCAUCAUAGCAGACAGCUUGCUAUUUCCUAACCUUUCCUACUAUAUCCAGUUCUGUACGUUGGCACCAGGACUGCACCUUUUGGCAUCUUGCACGAAUGUUAAAGACAUGGCUCAGACACUGGAAAGAGUACCCAGAGAUACAGAGGUGCUUUGCCUCCAGGGCAUGGUUUCUUUUCUGCCAGAUAAUGCCUUUGAUAACUUCCACUCCCUACAACUUCUGAGGCUGCAGUUGGGUACAAUUAAUAUUACUUCUAGGACUUUUCAAGGACUGGACCAGCUACAGUACCUUUUUUUUGAGCAUCAUGCUCCCUGUUGCCUGAGUCUGUUCCUCCCUCCAAAUUGUUUAAAGACUCUCAAAUUCCUCCGUAGUCUUUCCUUUCAAGGCUACUGCCUGAAUUAUAGCCAGAACAUCUACUUGCCAACUAGCCUUAAGCAUCUAACUCUAAGGAACAGUUGCCUGACAAAGUUGCAAGAACUACAAAGGUUCUUCCCAAGUCUUUUGCUUGGUUCCUCUCCUACAUCCAGUACCACACUAGGAGCACCCUUCCUAGAGGUGCUGGAUUUAUCUUACAACCUUCAGUUGAAGCAGGCAGAUGUCAGAGCCCUGCAUGGCCUCAAGCUCCUUUCCCUAAUAUUGGAUGGUACCACACUAAGAGCAUUUGACCUCACAGGCUCUGGACUGCUCCACUUGGACUUCCUCUCCCUUGUGGGUACAGGUAUAGAAAAAUUGCCGGGGACUGUCACGGGCUACUCUAAGCUUCGUGCACUUGACCUUGGAAAGAACCAAAUACAAAACAUCUUGGAGAAUGGAGAUAUCCCAAGUUAUAAAGCUCUGGAAUUCCUUGGUCUUCAUGAUAACCACCUGCAAUCACUUCCUAUCAGGUUCCUACGCACUCUACCCCAACUUCAGAAGCUCAACCUGUCUAUGAAUAAGUUGGGCCCAACCUUGGAGAUUCCAGAAGGAGUGUUUAGCACAAAUUUAAGAGUGCUAGAUCUAUCCCACAAUCAGCUAUGUGAUGUGCCCCAUGGAGCCUUUCUUCCACAACUCCAGGAGCUCUGGCUGAGUGGCAAUAACAUCUCUAGUCUAUCCAAUGUGAGCAUGCAAGGACUGAGGGGUCUGAGGACUCUAGACUUGAGUUGGAAUCAAAUUAAAGUACUCAAACCAGGCUGGCUCUCUCAUCUUUCUGCUCUGACCACCCUGAACCUUCUGGGCACCUACUUAGAGCAUAUCUCAGGCAUACAACUUCAGGGUCCCCAGAUGCUGAGACAUCUAAAACUGGGUUCUGUUACAAUGCUGGACAUCUACCCUCCCUGGUUUCCAAUGUUGCUCAGCCUAGAAAUUCAAGCACAAGCGUGUGUUCAGUUUAUGUUUCUCAGUGGAGAGCCAUUCUUAUUCUUGGAGAACCUUACUUUACAGACCUCCAAUGUACUACGGCAACCAGACACAGCCACAAUCCAUUUUCCCUCCCUGCGUCGCCUCACCUUGCGUGGCUACAGCCUCAUAAUCUCAACCAGUCAACUACAAAGAUUCUUCCCACAACAGCUUCCUCUCCUGGAGCACUUCUCUAUCUGGUGUGAAAAUGACAAUGCAGUAGACCUCAAUCUAUUUGGGAUGCCCAGGCUGCGUGUGCUAGAGUUUGGGUACCUUAACUUUUUCUAUGAGUCAAGUACUGUGAAGCUAGAGAUGCUACUGAAGGAGGUUCCUCAGUUACAGGCAUUGGCACUGAGCCACCUGAAUCUCAGAAACCUCUCUGUAUCCAGCAUUAAGGGAUUGCACCACCUCAAACUCCUGCUGCUCAGCUCUGAGUUGUCCCUGGAGAUGGACGGCAACCUCCAGGAGUUUAUUCCUCAGAUGCCUCCAUAUGUUUAUUUCUCAGAUGUCACUUUCACCUGCCAGUGUGAAGCUUCCUGGGUGGAGUCUUGGGCUACACAGGCCCCAAACACUUUUGUUUAUGGACUGGAGAAAUCCAUCUGCAUGGCCAAUACUUCUGACUACUCCAACACUCUACUGUUCUCCUUCCUUGCUACUCACUGUCCGCAUGACACUGAGUUUUGGGGUUUUCUCAUCAGUUUUACUUUGAUACUUUUGUUAACCAUUCUUCCUCUGGUUGGUUGUCAUAAAUGGUCCUGGCUUCAUUACCUGCAGACACUCUUGCGUGCUUGUUGGUGGAAAUUAGGUGGACAUAGACUCAGAGGCCAAUUCAAUUAUGAUGUCUUUAUAUCCUAUUGUGAAAAGGACCAAGCCUGGGUGCUGGAAGAACUGGUUCCUGGUUUGGAGAAACCCCCUCCCAAAGGUGAGGGCUUGAGGCUGUGCCUGCCUGCCAGGGACUUUGGGAUUGGAAAUGACAGGAUGGAAUCCAUGAUUGCCAGCAUGCACAAAAGCAGAUCCAUCCUCUGUGUGCUCACAGGCCAGGCCUUAGCAAGUCCCUGGUGCAAUCUAGAGUUAAGACUGGCCACUUACCACUUGGUGGCCAGGCCUGGGACAGCUCGCCUCCUACUGCUGUUUCUGGAACCCAUUGAUAGGCAGAAGCUCCAUGGCUACCACCGCCUCUCCCGAUGGCUCAAAAAAGAGGACUAUUUUGAUUUGUCCCAAGGGGAGGUGGACUGGGACACUUUCUGUGAGCAAUUAAAGAGACAGCUCAGGAAAGCUGGACAAGAAAGAGAAGAUUAA